AUGGUAACAGCUGUAAAGGAAAUAAACCAGGUAUGGCGUAAGAAAAUUGCUGAAAGAUUGGAUAAAAGUUGUGCCUUAGGAGAAAAUGGAUAUUUUUUACAAAGGAAAGGAGUCAUCAUGACAUCCCAAAUAAAUCUGUGCUGUGUGUUCAGUGUGCGCAUAAGUGGUCUGCGAAAGAGGCAAUCACUGGCAGUUACAACAACUUCUGAAAGUCAGAACUGUGGAGGCUUAGUACAGGGACCAAAUGGUACUAUAGAAAGCCCUGGAUUUCCUCAUGGUUAUCCAAAUUAUGCCAACUGCACAUGGAUCAUUAUCACAGGAGAGCGUAACAGGAUACAAUUGUCAUUUCAUACUUUUGCCCUCGAGGAAGAUUUUGAUAUUUUGUCAAUUUACGAUGGACAACCACAGCAAGGCAAUUUAAAAGUGAGGUUAUCUGGAUUUCAGCUUCCAUCAUCUAUUGUGAGCACGGGAUCUAUCCUCACCCUCUGUUUCACCACAGAUUUUGCUGUCAGUGCCCAAGGCUUCAAAGCUAUCUAUGAAGUAUUACCUAGUCAUACAUGUGGCAACCCAGGAGAAAUACCUAAAGGAGUACUUCAUGGAACCAGAUUCAACAUUGGAGAUAAAAUCCGAUAUAGCUGUAUCUCUGGUUACAUCCUAGAAGGCCAUGCCAUGUUGACAUGUAUUGUGAGUCCUGGGAAUGGUGCAUCGUGGGAUUUUCCAGUUCCAUUUUGCAGAGCUGAAGGAGCUUGUGGAGGGACACUACGUGGGACAAGUGGAACUAUUUCAAGUCCACACUUCCCUUCUGAGUAUGAGAAUAAUGCUGAUUGCACCUGGACCAUAUUGGCUGAACCAGGAGACACCAUUGCUUUGGUCUUUACUGACUUCCAGUUAGAGGAAGGAUAUGACUUCCUAGAGAUCAGUGGAACAGAAGCACCAUCAAUAUGGUUGAGUGGUAUGAAUUUACCUUCUCCAGUUAUCAGCAGUAAGAACUGGUUACGACUCCAUUUUACAUCUGAUAGCAAUCACCGACGAAAGGGAUUUAAUGCUCAGUUUCAAGUAAAAAAAGCAAUUGAACUGAAAUCAAGAGGAGUCAAGAUGUUGCCCAGCAAAGACAGCAACCACAAAAAUUCUGUCUUGACCCAGGGUGGGGAUGCAAUUGCAUCUGAUACAUGUCCUGAUCCUGGAAUUCCUGAAAAUGGGAAGAGGGUAGGCUCUGACUUCAGGGUGGGUGCAAGUGUACAGUUUUCCUGUGAAGACAAUUAUGUGCUGCAAGGUUCUAAGAGCAUCACUUGUCAGAGAGUGACAGAUACACUGGCUGCCUGGAGUGACCACAGGCCAAUUUGCAGAGCUAGAACAUGUGGUUCUAAUUUACGUGGACCGAGUGGCAUUAUCACGUCACCGAAUUAUCCAGUUCAAUAUGAAGACAAUGCACACUGUGUGUGGGUCAUUACAACAACUGAUCCAGAAAAGGUCAUAAAGCUUGCUUUUGAAGAGUUUGAACUGGAAAGAGGCUAUGAUACUCUUACUGUUGGAGAUGCUGGGAAAGUUGGUGAUACAAGAACAGUGUUGUACGUUUCAGAAAUAGAGAAAGGAGGUUGUGGAGAUCCUGGAAUUCCAUCAUAUGGGAAAAGGACCGGCAGCAGUUUUCUGCAUGGAGACACGCUUACCUUUGAAUGUCAAGCAGCUUUUGAACUUGUGGGAGAGAGAAUGAUUACAUGUCAACAAAAUAACCAGUGGUCUGGCAACAAACCCAGCUGUGUUUUUUCAUGUUUCUUCAACUUCACCACCCCAUCUGGAAUUAUUCUUUCUCCAAAUUAUCCUGAGGAAUAUGGGAACAAUAUGAAUUGUGUUUGGUUAAUCAUCUCAGAGCCAGGAAGUAGAAUCCAUCUGAUUUUCAACGACUUUGAUGUAGAACCUCAAUUUGACUACCUUACAAUCAAAGAUGAUGGGAUUUCAGAUCUACCACCUCUUGGCACAUUUUCUGGCAAUGAGGUUCCUCCUCAAUUGGCUAGUAGUGGGCACAUAGUAAGACUUGAAUUUCAGUCAGAUCAUUCUACCACUGGAAGAGGAUUUAAUAUCACUUACACAACCUUUGGUCAGAAUGAGUGUCACGAUCCAGGCAUUCCUAUAAAUGGGAGGCGUUUUGGAGACAGAUUCCUUCUGGGGAGUUCUGUUUCCUUUCACUGUGAUGAUGGCUUUGUGAAGACUCAAGGCUCUGAAUCCAUAACCUGUAUUAUGCAAGAUGGAAAUGUGGUAUGGAGCUCCACUGUCCCACGUUGUGAAGCGCCAUGUGGUGGACAUUUGACAGCAUCAAGUGGUGUUAUCUUACCACCAGGGUGGCCAGGAUAUUACAAAGACUCACUUAAUUGUGAAUGGGUGAUUGAAGCAAGACCAGGGCAUUCCAUUAAGAUCACUUUUGACAGAUUCCAGACUGAAGUUAAUUAUGACACUUUGGAAGUCAGAGAUGGGCCAGCAAAUUCAUCACCAUUAAUUGGAGAAUACCAUGGAACACAAGCACCCCAAUUCCUUAUUAGUACUGGAAAUUAUAUGUAUCUGCUAUUCACUACGGACAACAGUCGUUCCAGUGUCGGUUUCCUAAUUCACUAUGAGAGUGUUACUCUGGAAUCAGAUUCUUGCCUUGACCCGGGAAUUCCUGUGAAUGGCCAUCGCCAUGGUAACAACUUUAAUAUCCGCUCUACAGUAACCUUCAGCUGUGAUCCAGGAUAUACACUGAGUGAUGAAGAACCUCUCAUAUGUGAAAGAAACCAUCAGUGGAAUCAUGCAUUACCCAGCUGUGACGCUUUAUGUGGUGGAUAUAUUCAUGGGAAGAGUGGAACGGUUCUUUCUCCAGGUUUUCCUGAUUUUUACCCAAACUCUUUAAAUUGCACUUGGACUAUUGAAGUGUCCCAUGGCAAAGGUGUACAGCUGGUCUUCCAUACUUUUCACCUUGAGAGCUCUCAUGACUAUUUGCUCAUCACUGAAGACGGGAGUUUCACAGAACCAGUAGCCAGAUUAACUGGCUCAGUCUUACCCCCUACAAUUAAAGCUGGCCUCUUUGGAAAUUUUACUGCACAGCUUCGAUUUAUAUCUGAUUUUUCAAUUUCUUAUGAAGGUUUCAACAUAACAUUUUCAGAAUAUGAUUUGGACCCAUGUGAUGAUCCUGGUGUUCCUGCCUUUAGUAGACGAAUUGGUUUUCAUUUUGGUGUUGGAGAUUCCUUGAUCUUUUCUUGUUUCCCUGGAUAUCGCCUGGAAGGUGCUAACAAACUCACCUGCCUGGGAGGUGGCCGGCGUGUAUGGAGUGCACCUCUGCCAAGGUGUGUGGCUGAAUGUGGAGCAACUGUCUCUGGAAAUGAAGGAACAUUGUUGUCUCCAAAUUUUCCAUCUAAUUAUGACAACAACCAUGAAUGUAUCUAUAAAAUUGAAACUGAAGCUGGCAAAGGGAUCCAUCUUAGAGCCAGGAGCUUUCAGCUGCAUGAGGGGGAUCUUGUUAAGGUAUAUGAUGGAAAAGACAGCUCCUCACGCUCUCUUGGAGUCUUCACCAAAAACGACAUGAUGGGAGUUACUCUUAAUAGCACCUCUAACCAUAUGUGGAUAGAGUUUAAUACCAAUGGAUCUGAUACUGACCAAGGAUUUCAGCUGACUUAUACUAGUUUUGACUUAGUAAAGUGUGAAGAUCCUGGCAUACCAAAUUAUGGCUACAAGAUACGAGAUGAAGGACAUUUUAUAGACACUGUCAUUUUAUACAGCUGUAAUCCUGGCUAUACAAUGCAUGGUAGUAGUAUUAUGACCUGCUUAAGUGGAGAUCGAAGAGUUUGGGACAAACCUUUGCCUACUUGCAUAGCUGAGUGUGGUGGUCAAAUUCAUGCUGCUACAUCGGGACGUAUUUUGUCCCCUGGUUACCCAGCACCAUAUGACAACAAUCUCCAUUGCACUUGGAUUAUUGAAGCAGAUCCAGGGAAGACAAUAAGUUUGCAUUUUAUUGUUUUUGAUACUGAGGUUGCUCAUGACAUCUUGAAGGUAUGGGAUGGGCCUGUUGAGAGCAGCAUACUUCUCAAAGAGUGGAGUGGCUCAGCUCUUCCAGAGGAUAUUCACAGCACUUUCAACUCAUUAACAUUACAAUUUGACAGUGAUUUCUUCAUCAGCAAGUCAGGCUUCUCCAUCCAGUUUUCAACUUCCAUUGCAUCAACUUGUAAUGAUCCUGGGACACCACAGAAUGGCACUAGAUAUGGAGACAGCAGGGAACCUGGAGACACCACCACCUUCCAGUGUGACCCAGGCUAUCAGCUGCAAGGGCAGGCCAAAAUUACCUGUGUGCAACUGAACAACCGAUUCUUUUGGCAGCCUGAUCCCCCUACGUGCAUAGCUGCAUGUGGAGGGAACCUGACAGGCCCAGCAGGAGUUAUUUUAUCACCUAACUAUCCACAGCCUUAUCCUCCUGGGAAAGAAUGUGACUGGAGAAUAAAAGUAAACCCUGACUUUGUCAUUGCCUUGAUAUUCAAAAGCUUCAAUAUGGAACCCAGUUAUGAUUUUCUACAUAUUUAUGAAGGAGAAGAUUCCAACAGUCCUCUAAUUGGCAGUUUUCAAGGCUCACAGGCUCCUGAAAGAAUAGAGAGCAGUGGUAACAGUCUGUUUCUGGCUUUUCGCAGUGAUGCUUCUGUUGGAAUGUCAGGAUUUGCCAUUGACUAUAAAGAAAAGCCACGGGAAGCUUGUUUUGAUCCUGGAAACAUCAUGAACGGCACAAGAAUUGGAACAGACUUUAAGCUUGGUUCAACUAUUACUUACCAGUGUGAUUCUGGAUAUAAGAUUAUUGAACCUUCAACUAUAACAUGUGUAAUUGGUGCAGAUGGAAAGCCAGCUUGGAACAGAGCAUUGCCAUCUUGUAAUGCACCAUGUGGAGGGCAGUAUACUGGAUCAGAGGGAGUGGUUUUAUCACCAAAUUAUCCUCAUAAUUACACUGCUGGACAGACUUGCCAUUAUUCAAUAACUGUCCCUAAAGAAUUUGUUGUGUUUGGACAAUUUGCCUAUUUUCAGACAGCUUUGAGUGAUGUAGCAGAACUAUUUGAUGGAGAAAACUCUCAGGCUAGACUUCUUAGUUCUCUGUCUGGAUCCCACUCAGGAGAGACAUUGCCUUUGGCUACAUCUAAUCAAAUUCUUCUGCGAUUCAGUGCUAAGAGUGGGGCAUCAGCCAGAGGGUUUCACUUUGUUUACCAAGGUGCACACAUUCAGUUUCUGAAUUUCUCCACUGAAGCAAAUCAUGAUUUCCUUGAAAUUCAGAAUGGGCCUCACCACACCAGUUCUAUGAUUGGCCAGUUUAGUGGAAUGGAACUCCCAUCACCCUUGCUAAGUACUACUCAUGAAACACUUGUCCAUUUUUAUAGUGAUCACUCAGAAAACAGGCAAGGAUUUAAGUUGACAUACCAAGCUUACGAGUUACAGAACUGCCCCGACCCUCCUCCGUUUUUGAAUGGCUAUAUAGUCAACUCAGAUUACAGUGUGGGACAGUCAGUAUCAUUUGAAUGCUAUCCUGGAUAUGUUUUGAGAGGGCAGCCUGUUCUCACUUGUCAACAUGGAAUCAACAGAAAUUGGAACUAUCACUUCCCCAGAUGUGAAGCUCCUUGUGGCUAUAAUGUAACUGCUCAGAAUGGUACAGUUUAUUCCCCAGGAUUUCCAGAUGAAUACCCAAAUUCCAAGGACUGUACUUGGCUAAUUAUUGUAUCUCCAGGCCAUGGGAUUUAUAUCAACUUUACCUUACUUCAGACUGAACCUGUGAAUGACUACAUUGCAGUGUGGGAUGGUCCCGACCAUAAUUCACCUCAGCUAGGAGUUUUCAGUGGAAACACAGCUCUGGAAACAGCUUACAGUUCUACCAACCAAGUCCUCCUCAAAUUUCACAGUGAUUUUUCAACAGGAGGAUUCUUUGUCCUCAAUUUUCAUGCUUAUCAGCUCAGGAAGUGCCAGCCUCCACCCACAGUUGCACAUGCAGAUUUGUUUACAGAAGAUGAUGACUUUGAAAUAGGAGAUUUUGUGAAGUACAGGUGCCAUCCUGGUUUCACCCUUGUUGGACAAGAUAUAUUAACCUGCAAACUGAAUGCACAGUUGCAGUUUGAAGGGUCCUCUCCGUCCUGUGAAGCACAAUGUCCAGCAAAUGAAAUUCGUACAGAAUCGUCAGGAGUGAUCCUCAGUCCAGGUUAUCCAGGCACUUAUCCCAACUCUCAGACAUGUUCUUGGACUAUUAAGGUUGAGCCAGGAUAUAACAUCUCCAUUUUUGUAGAAAUGUUUCAAAGUGAAAAGCAAUUUGAUGAGCUGGAGGUAUUUGAUGGUUCUUCUGGGCAAAGCCCUUUACUGGUUGCUUUGAGUGGAAAUCAUACUGGUCAACUGAACUUCACAAGCAAAAUGAAUCAGCUGUAUCUCCGCUGGUCAACUGAUCAUGCAACCAGCAAGAAAGGGUUCAAGAUCCGCUACUCAGCUCCAUAUUGCAGUUUAAACCCUACCUUGAGGAAUGGUGGAAUUAUAAAUAAAACAGGUGGUCCUGCUGGAAGCAAAGUUCGCUAUUAUUGCAAACCCGGGUACAGAAUGAUUGGUCGCAAUAAUGCCACCUGCAGGCGCUACCAAAAUGGCAUGUACCAGUGGGACUCUCCUGUGCCAAUCUGCCACGCUGUAUCUUGUGGCAUUCCUGAGUCCCCUGGGAAUGGUUCAGUUAUAGGUAAUGAAUUCACUUUGGGCAGUAGAUUGAUAUAUGAAUGUAAUGAGGGCUUCAAGCUAGAAUCUAGUCAACAAGCAACAGCAGUGUGUCAAGAAGAUGGAUUGUGGAGCAACAAAGGGAGGCCGCCUGUUUGCAAAUCUGUAACCUGCCCUAGCAUAGAGACUCUUCUGUCAGAACAUGUUGUCUGGAGACUGAUUUCUGGGUCACUGAAUGAGUAUGGAGCUCAAGUCAUGCUCAGCUGCAGUCCUGGAUAUUAUUUAUUGGGUCAAAGACUCAUACAGUGCAGGCCUAAUGGAACCUGGAGUGUAGGCAAUGAAAAGCCAACUUGUAAGGUUAUCUCCUGUGGUGGUCUACCAUCUCCACCAAAUGGAAAUAAGAUUGGAACAUUAACAGUGUAUGGAGCUACAGCAAUAUUCACUUGUAACACGGGAUACACACUGGUUGGUUCUCAUGUGAGAGAGUGCUUGGCAAAUGGUCUCUGGAGCGGUACUGAAACACAAUGCCUAGCUGGUCACUGUGGCUCUCCAGACCCAGUUGUAAAUGGUCAUAUUAGUGGAGAUGGUUUCAGUUAUCGCGACACUGUAGUCUACCAGUGUAAUCCUGGCUUUCGACUUGUUGGUACAUCUGUCAGAAUUUGCCUACAGGACCACAAGUGGUCUGGACAAACUCCUGUUUGUGUCCCAAUCACAUGUGGCCAUCCUGGGAAUCCUGCUCAUGGAAUGACUAACGGCAGUGAGUUCAAUUUAAACGAUGUGGUAAAUUUUACCUGCAACACUGGCUACUUACUUCAGGGUGCUUCUCGAGCACAGUGCCGAAGCAAUGGGCAGUGGAGUAGCCCUUUACCCAACUGCCGAGUGGUGAACUGUUCUGAUCCCGGCUUUGUGGAGAAUGCAAUUCGUCACGGGCAGCAGAAUUAUCCUGAAAGUUUCAAAUAUGGAACAAGCGUGGCAUACCAUUGCAAGAAGGGCUUUUAUCUCUUGGGAUCAUCUGCACUGACCUGUAAAGCUAAUGGGUUAUGGGAUAGAUCAUUACCAAAGUGUUUGUCCAUUUCUUGUGGACAUCCUGGGGUACCUGCAAAUGCAAUUCUUUCAGGAGACAAAUUUACAUAUGGCUCCAUAAUUCACUACUCUUGCACAGCGGGUCGAAGGCUCAUAGGAAAUUCUACGAGGGAAUGCCAAGAAGAUAGCCACUGGAGUGGGACCCUCCCUCACUGUUCAGGAAAUAAUCCUGGUUUUUGUGAUGAUCCAGGAGUACCAGCUCACGGGUCUAGGUUAGGGGAUGAGUUCAAAACAAAAAGUCUGCUACGUUUCUCCUGUGAAAUGGGUUAUCAGCUGCGAGGGUCUGCAGAGCGAACGUGCUUGCUUAAUGGUUCCUGGUCAGGAAUACAGCCUGUGUGUGAAGCUGUAUCUUGUGGGAACCCUGGCACACCAGCCAAUGGUAUGAUAAUAUACACUGAUGGAAUAUUAUUCUCCAGCUCAGUCAUUUAUGCCUGCUGGGAAGGUUACAAAACUUCAGGGCUAACUACGAGACAUUGUACUGCUAAUGGCACAUGGACUGGCACUGCUCCAGACUGCACAGUGAUUAAUUGUGGAGAUCCAGGUGCAUUAGCAAAUGGCAUUCAGUUUGGAAAUGAUUUUACCUUUAAUAAGACAGUCAGCUAUCAGUGCAAUCCAGGAUAUCUGAUGGAACCUGCAAGUUCAUCUACCAUGCGUUGUGUGAAAGACAGCACUUGGAACCAGAGUAAACCAAUUUGCAAAGCUAUUACUUGUGGCCCCCCUCCAACAGUACUGUAUGGGAAAGUGGAAGGAUCUGAUUUUCGUUGGGGUGCUAGUGUGAGUUACAGCUGUGCAGAAGGCUAUCAGCUCUCUAACACAGCCAUUCUCUCCUGCGAAGGGCGAGGAGUUUGGCGGGGAGACGUCCCACAAUGUUUACCUGUGUUUUGUGGUGAUCCUGGUACUCCAGCAGAAGGACGACUCAAUGGAAAAAGUUUCACCUACAGAUCUGAAGUUAGCUUUCAAUGCAGACCUCCUUUCAUUCUGAUAGGCUCUUCGAGAAGAUUCUGUCAAGCAGAUGGUACCUGGAGUGGAAUUCAGCCAACAUGCAUUGAUCCAGCUCACAAUACAUGUACAGACCCUGGUACUCCACAUUUUGGAAUACAAAACAGUUCCAGAGGUUAUGAGGUUGGGAGCACAGUCUAUUUCAGAUGCAGAAAAGGUUAUCACAUUCAGGGAUCUACCACUCGUUCUUGUCUUGCUAACCUAACUUGGAGUGGCAUACAAUCUGAAUGCAUUCCUCAUGCUUGCAGGCAGCCAGAAACACCGGCACAUGUAGAUGUGAAAGCAAUAGAUCUUCCUACUUUAGGGUAUACUUUGGUGUAUACCUGUCAGCCAGGAUUUUUUCUUGCUGGUGGAUCAGAGCAUCGGACGUGUAAACCAGAUAUGAAAUGGACAGGAAAAUCACCCAUUUGUAAAAGUAAAGGAGUGAGAGAAGUUAAUGAAACAAUUACUAAAACUCCAGUUCCUUCGGAUGUGUUUUUUAUAAAUUCACUGUGGAAAGGGUUUUAUGAAUAUUUAGGAAAAAGACAGCCUGCUACUCUCACUGUUGAUUGGUUCAAUACUACAAGCAGCAAAGUGAAUGCCACAUUCAUUGAGGCAUCCAACAUACAACUCAAACUAUCAGGUGUUUACAAGAAGGAAGAAGCCCAUUUGCUCUUGAAAGCUUUUCAGAUUAAAGGACCAAGUGACAUUUUUGUAAGCAAGUAUGAAAACGACAACUGGGCAUUAGAUGGUUAUGUAUCCUCAGGUCUUGAAAGAGGAGUUUUUACCUAUCAAGGUGAUAUACAUGGAAAAGACUUCGGAAAAUUUAUGCUCCAAAGACAAGGUCCUUUAAGUGCAGACACAGACCUUUCAAAUCACUAUUAUGGUACAAACAGCAGUUCAGUUGCAGCUGCCAUCCUGGUACCAUUCUUUGCUCUAAUAUUAUCAGGGUUUGCAUUUUACCUCUACAAACACAGAACAAGACCAAAAGUACAGUACAAUGGAUAUGCUGGACAUGAAAACAGUAAUGGACAAGCUUCAUUUGAAAACCCCAUGUAUGACACAAACUUAAAACCCACAGAGGCAAAGGCUGUGAGGUUUGAUACGACUCUGAACACAGUUUGUACAGUGGUAUAGCCUUCAGUGCCCAAUAUGACUGAUUCAUAGCCAUACCUCUGAUGGACAAGCAGUAAUUCCUUUGGUGCCAUAUACCAGUUUCCCUUCUCUUGGCUUUGCUGCUGUAAUCUUUAACAUCUUCUGUCAGCCUACAUGCAGCUAAAUUUUCUGGUUAAAACGUGUCAAUCUUCGGGGGAUCAGACAAAGAAUAUUUUUUCAUCUUAAAGUUGGAUCAAAAUGCCUGGCUGCAUCUGCUUCAAACCAAGGCACACUUUAAGGAAGACUGCCAAGUCAUGCCAAUUUGUCAUAUUUAAUGCCUCAGACUUUCAUAUUUGUAUGCGGCUGGAUGCCUUUCAGUGCGUUCUUCUGGGCACUUGGAUAAAUCCUUUGAGUACUGUGACAAAUGAUAGCACCACAGAUUAUCCCUGGGAAUAUUCUGAAGAAAUAAAGCUCUCUUGAAGGAGGAGACAGCCUUCCUUGAGGUUGCAUACACUUACAAAUGCUUUACCAUUGAAAUCUUGUUAAAAUUAGGAAAACUUACAGUAUAUUUUAUUCACAGAGCAGUUUUGCCAAUUCCCCAAUCAGCCGU